GCCUCGGCGUGUGCCUGCCCACGUGCGCAGGUGCAGCCAUGACGGUGUCGUACACGCUGGAGGUGGCGGACGCCCGCUUCGGGGGCUUCUCCAAGCUGCUGUUCCGCUGGAAGGGCAGCAUCUACAAGCUGCUGUACAAGGAGCUGCUGGUCUUCGCCCUGCUCUACACCAUGCUCAGCCUUGUCUACCGGCGGCUGCUGAGUGAGGAGCAGAAGCACUUGUUCACCAAGGUGGCCCAGUACUGCGACCGCUCCACGGACCUCAUCCCCCUCUCCUUCGUGCUAGGCUUCUACGUGACGCUGAUCGUGAACCGGUGGUGGGCACAGUACAGCAGCAUCCCGCUGCCCGACCAGCUCAUGUGCGUCAUCUCCAGCACCGUGCACGGGCGGGACGAGCGGGGCCGGCUGCUGCGCCGCACGCUGGUGCGCUACGCCAACCUGUCCGCCGUGCUCAUCCUGCGCUCCGUCAGCACCCGCGUGCUCAAGCGCUUCCCCACCAUGGACCACGUCGUGGAUGCAGGCUUCAUGUCGCAGGACGAGCGCAAGAAGUUCGAGAGCCUCCACUCGGACUUCAACAAGUACUGGGUGCCCUGUGUGUGGUUCACCAACCUGGCAGCCCAGGCCCGGCGUGACGGGCGCGUGCGGGACGACAUUGCCCUGCGCCUGCUCCUGGAUGUGAGUCAGGGGCACGGGGGGCUCUGGACCCCUGCCCCCAGCUGCAGCCGCUCACGAGUGCUGCUUGCUCUUGCCCUCUGCCAGGAGCUGAACCUGUACCGGGCCAAGUGCAGCCUCCUCUUCCACUACGACUGGAUCAGCAUCCCCCUGGUGUACACCCAGGUGGUCACCAUCGCCGUCUACUCUUUCUUCGCCUUCUGCCUCAUUGGGCGGCAGUUCCUGGAGCCACUGGAGCCAGGCGCCACAUCCACCCUGGACAUGUAUGUGCCCCUGUCCACGCUGCUGCAGUUCUUCUUCUACGCCGGCUGGCUGAAGGUAGCUGAGCAGCUCAUCAACCCCUUCGGGGAGGACGACGACGACUUUGAGACCAACAAGCUCAUCGAUAGGAACCUCCAGGUGUCUCUGCUCUCCGUGGACGACAUGUACCAGAACCUGCCCCCCAUGGCCAAGGACAAGUACUGGGACGAGUCCACGGCGCUGCCCCCCUACACCAUCGCCACGGCCGCCGAGACCCUGAAGCCCUCCUUCCUGGGCUCCACCUUCGACAUGCGGAUGAGCGAGGACCCGGAGCAGAGCCAGCAAGUGGAGGCCUCGCCUGCGCUGCCCCGCGCGCACACGCCGCUGCUCAGCCGCUUCCUGGGCGCCGCGCCCUCGCCUGCCAUCAGCCUCAAGAACUUCGGCAAGACGGUGCGCGGGCACCCGCACCUGCUGCGCCGCUGGGGCGACAGCUCCCCGUCCCCCCACACCGCCCGUGGAGUCGACCCCGAAGCUGUGGCCCGCAUCGACGAGGAGGAGACGGAGGACGAGGGCAGCCAGACCAACGUGUCCCCUGCCCCCCGCGCCCGGGGACCCAACCUCCUGGAGCCCCCCGAGAUCCGGGUGGAGCUUGUCCCCGACGACAGCUCCAGCCCUGACCCCUCGGCAGCCUAGAGCAGAGGCCUGGGACCCCCUCCGGCCCCCAGCCUGGGCCCGAGCGAGACUGAAGCACGUGCCUGGCUCCCAGCACAGCCGGGCACCAAAUCCCACACGCAACGCUGCCCGGGGCUGGGGCUGCCGU